AUGGAUGUGAUGGCAUUUGGUAUCGGCAUGGCAUCGGCUGGUCUGUGGAAUAUCGUCAUCAAGGAUGCCGCGAUAUUUGCUGGCAACAACUUCGGGUUCGCCAAAGACACAUUUAACAGCGCUAUAUCCGCCUCAUUUGCUCUAGGCAAAGACAACACAAAAUCUGCCAAAGACUCUGCGAGCGUGCAAAACGACUUGACCUCCGCGAUGGGCGCUUUGUUCGACGUAUGGAAGAAGACGCAAGAAGACUACUUGUCCGAGAUCUUCUCCGGGUCAAACAGCACCACUAUAGGCAUGCUUGAGUCUUUUAUCAGAGACGGCAUGAUGAACAUGCUGCCGGUCGAUAUUAAUCUCUCCGGUAUGGUAAAUGUGGUCGAGACCAUCAUGUUCGGACAGAUGAUUCCCAUUGCGUGGCAAGUAGCGCCUGCUGCUUACACGCCUUUUGUGCUGAAAACAGGUGACGCGUGUUCGAGCACCAUGCCCAAUACUCUGAACCCAUAUAUGACGCAAGAAACACAUGAUAAAGCUGGUGUAUGCUGGAACGGCAACCAGUUCUAUGUCCUGACCGUCGGGACCUACCGAGUCGACGUGCAAGACGAUACGCCUGGUCUCCCCGACUCUGACCCGCCCUUCCAGCUGAUGGCGGGUGCCACCCACGACGUGCUCGACGGCAAGAACUGGGGUGGUAUUACCUUAGAGGAUAUCGUCAUCAGCUCGUACGGCGGGUAUCUGAACAACGGGAAUCGCAAUGGCUACACCGUCUCCCUGGAUGACAGUGCCGGAGGCGUGGAUCAGCUCAUGUGGACGGGAGGCGUCCAGACACCCGGUUUCUUUUCCCUCCCUUUUCGGUCUACUUAG